UCCCCACCCACCACUCUAUCCGCAAUGAUCAUCGAGCCACGCCUCAAGAUCGUAAUGAUCAUCCUCAGUGCUGGGGGGCUGCUCUGGACGGCCACUCGGCACAAGGCAAACUCGCUCUCACAGCAGCCAAUUGCACUCGAUAUCCUCGACCAGGCAGACAUCGAUGAGGGCGACAUCACCAACAGGCCCGAAUACAACUAUUGCCAGGCCCUGCGGCCAACACCCAAGACAUACCCCGCUCCCAAGGUCAAGGGAGCGGUGAUCGUGAACUCGCAGCUGUUUAUUCGCCAUGGCGACCGCACACCCGUCGCAGUGCUUCCUCACGACCUAGACUUGACCUGGGAAUGCGCCAACAUGAGCGCCUACUCCUUCACAGCCGUCAGUGCAGACCAGGCGGAGAAAUCCCCGUUCCAAUACGCCAACGUUGUUGCCCACCAGGUCGUUACCAUCCCCUCAGAAUCGCCCUUUGCGUCAACGCAUAUGUGGAAGGGUAGUUGCAUCCCGGGACAACUCACACCCGUGGGAGCCAUGCAGCAUCGUAAGCUGGGCGCAGCGCUCCGUCGGAUCUAUGUGGACGAGCUUAAACUCUUGCCCGCGACCUUUGAUCCAGAGACGGUGCACAUCCGUAGCACAGACGUUUGGCGCACGAAACAAAGUGCGGAGCACCUUAUGACAGGAUUAUACGGUGUCCGGAGUCACUCCCAGAACGCCGCAUCACCACCCGUCCUGCAGAUUCACACCCUCCCGGUCGAGAUCGACUACCUCACCAUGAACGGCGGCGCCUGUCCGCACCUUUCUCAGCUUCGUUCGCAUGUUGAGAAAUCCUCCGAGGUUUUGAAGCGACUCCGGGAGGAUAAUGUCGAAUUCAACAAGGAACUCGUCAGCAUCCUAGGAGUAGAAAAGACUUGGUCAGGGUAUAUGGAUACUGUCUUGCCCAGGAUCUGCCAUGGUUAUCCUCUGCAGUGUCAGGAUGAUGGACAAGGAUCGAGCAAAUGUAUUACCAGGGUAACUGCCGAGAAAAUCCUGAAGAAUGUUGGUAUCCAGACCGCAGAGGUGUAUCAUGAUGGCAAUGGCGUUUUUGAUGUCCUGAAGCUGGGCAUCGGACCGCUGACGAGCGAGAUCAAGCGAAACUUGUUGGCGGCCAAAGCAAACGGGAAGGUCCGGUUCAGCUUUUAUUCGGGGCAUGAUACGACUAUCUCACCGCUGCUUGGCAUGCUUGAUUCUACAGACCAGAGAUGGCCUCCCUAUGCAUCUAACCUGCUUAUCGAGUUGUGGAAAACUCCUCGUGGGGCGUACUAUGUCCGCGUGCUCUACAAUCGCGCGAUUCUGGAAACGCAAUCAAACUGGUGUGAUCUCGGGUGGUGCCCGCUGGAGAGCUUUGUCGAGUAUCUGGACCAGUUCAUUAUCGAGGAUGUUAGGACCGCGUGCCAAAGGCAGUGAGAUGGGCUUCAAUAAAAAAGGCUUGGUCCUUGGAACCACAUAAAGAAAAAUGAUGCUUCUUCUCUUG